AUGCGAUUCAAUAAAUCAGUAGCAUCUGCUGCUUUUGCAGUUUCAUUAUUUGUUAUGCCAAUCAUGGCAGCAACUACCACAACAGCGGCUACAACAGCGACUUCAGAUUUACCCAAUCUUUCCAGUGUGGCAGCUUCGGAAUCUUCAGCCGCUGCAGCCUCAACGAAAACUACAACCUCCAGUGACACAGCCUCGACAACAGCGCAAUCGAUUGCCGUAAUUACAGGUGGAUCUACAUCAACGGGUACAGGAACUUCAACUUCCGCUUUACCAACAUUGGCUGGAGCAUAUACAAUUCCAACAGCUGCUGUCCCUCCAACCUCAAAUGCACCAUUUAUGAAAGAAUCAAGUUAUCCCGAAGGUACGGUUUUUAUUGCAGUAGGUGCAGUUCUUGGAUUUAUGGCCCUGUCAGUUUUGGUUUGGCGUAUGAUGGUCGCUUGGGCGUUACAUAGAUCAGUCAAACGCGCAGCGAGACAACCGAGCCAUGUGGAUAAAAAGCAAUUGUUUCAAGCUCCACCAGCACCAUUCUACAAAUAUGCCGACAAGGAUUCAACUCUUUCACUGGGAGGAGGAGGAUUGGGCGGAAAAAGUGGCAAGAAGAGACCAACCACUGCUAACGCACCACCAUCUCAAACAUCUUUAUUCUUUAGUCCUACAGCUCUCGCGGGUGGUAAUACUCCAGGAAAUCGUGCUUCAAGUUACCUUCCAGCAGGUUAUUAUGCAGCAGGAAAUGCACUCCCAGGAGCAUAUCCAGGUGAUAGACAAAGUAUCAACAUGUCAAAUCUCACUCCACAAGGAUAUGCAAGAGGAAAUCAAUCUCCACCUGGAAGUCCUGGUCAUGGUACUCAUUCUGAAUCGAGUACAUUGGAAUCAAGACAUAAUGAUGGAAAUGUUCGAGCGCCGAGUGCUUAUUUGCAAGAUCUUUUUGAUGGAGAUAACCCACCUCCUGCACCUCAACAAGGACGUGAUAGAAGAUCAACUCGUUAUUAA